AUGAAACUAGAAGACUGGCUGGACGACCUCUGCGUCCGCUUUAUCAACAACCUUCCCGAAGCAGACUUGACGUCUAUGGCACGAAUCUGCUUCCUUGUUGAAGAAGCCCACUGGUUCUACGAGGAUUUUAUCCGUCCUCUCGAUACCAGCCUCCCAUCCAUGAACCUGCGCAACUUCUGCCUCGCCAUCUUUCAGCGAUGCCCACUCCUCGCCCCCUUCCCCAUCCAAGAUCACGUCCGCGCGUUCGAAGAAUUUCUCAAGUACAAGACCAGUGUCCCCGUCCGCGGUGCCAUCUUGUUGAACGCAGCGAUGGACCAUGCUCUGCUCGUCAAGGGCUGGAAGAAGGGUGCCAAUUGGAGCUUUCCCAAGGGCAAGAUCAACAUGGACGAGGACGACUUAGACUGUGCCAUCCGCGAGGUGGCCGAGGAGACCGGCUUCGAUGUGCGGGAGGCUGGUUUGGUGCCACCUCCGGAAGAUAUCAAGUUCAUAGAGUCGACGUAUCGCGAUCAACAAUUGCGUCUGUACGUCUUCCGUGACGUGCCCAUGGAUACAUUCUUUGAGCCGAGGACGCGCAAGGAGAUCAGCAAAAUCCAGUGGUACAAGAUAGCCGAUUUGCCAAUCUUCCGGAAAAAGAGCGCCAGCCAGGGCCAAGAUGUCGAUGAUCCGGCGAACGCUCCACAUGCACCAAAGUUCUACAUGGUAUCUCAGUUUGUCGGGCCACUUAAGAAGUGGGUGGCAUACCAGAAGAAGAGGGAUGCAUACCGUGCCGGGCAUACCAACCUCGUACCACAGCCGCCAGUUGCCGACGACGGCCUCACCGAAGAUGAGACCGGUGCACAGUCAGAACCACAGUUCCAGGGCUACCAGACUCAGCCACCGGAGGGGAUUCUCGACAGCGCCUCCAGGGAGCUCCAGCGGCUACUUAAGACGCAGCCCUCUCCUGCAAGCCGGUCUGCAUAUGACGAUACUCUGGCUUCGAUGGAUCCGACCGGCUCGGCCGAUCCGAGCCAAAACAAGGCCAACGCUCUGCUCGCCAUGCUUCAGAAGGGUGGGGAUGACAGAAUGAGUCCAUCUGGAUCUCAAGCGUCACUCAAUCACUCUUAUGGUCAGGCACCACAACCGAAUGCGCCACAUCAACCAAAACACCAGGAACCAUACGGCCCCUACGCAUCUCAUUCGUUUCAGGCACAAGCACAACAGCAGCAGCAGUCGGCACAUCCGCCGCUUCCAUUCCACCAGCAGAUGCCUUCUCUCGACCAGAGCCACGGUCAGGGCAUCUCGGGGGCACAGUACAACCAGUAUGGAGCACCGCAUCCUGACAUGCCGCGGCACCUUCAGUCACGCCAGCCGCAACAGGCGCAGAUGCAGCACCAACCUCAGAAUUACCCGUAUCAUCAGCAACAGCAACAGCAACAGCAACAGCAACAGCAACAUCAAAUACAACAUGCGCAGCAAGCGCAGCAAGCGCCACAGAAUAAUCAGCGACAGUAUGCGCCAAACUAUGCGAACCAGCCGGGACCAUACAUGUUCCCAGGAAACGCAGCUGGGGCGAUCCGACAGCCACAGCUACCACCACAGCUGCGGCCCCCGAUUCCGCUGCUGCACCCCCAGCCAUUGCCACCCACGGUGCAAAAGGGGCUGUUGGCUAGGGAGUCAUUUGCCUCGCCGGAUGUAGGCGAGUCUGGCCGCAAUGCUGCUGGAGGCUAUGCCAAUAUGGCGGCCCCUCUUCCGUCGCAGAAUAUGGCAGCGCAGCGGCCGCCUUUAAGUAACCACGCGGCGAGCCUUCUCAGCGCUUUCAAAUCGCAUAAUGGAGCCCGUCCGGAGUCUGGACCUGGUUCGGGAGGUGCUCCUAUUUGGCAGCAACCGCAACCACCACCGCAGCAGCAGCAGCAGCAACAGUCACCGGUACCAGUGCCCAAUGUACGGCAGCAAUACGGCGAUGGCACACCUGAAGAACACCACCUUUAUGGCUCACGCAUGCAGCCAGCGCCACAGAUGGGGCCGCACCCGGGGCCGCGCCCGCAGCCAGGUCCACAGCAGCAGUAUGGCAAUGGACCGAUGGGUUCUGCCGGCAGCUACGACAACAGCAACAGCCCCAGGAGCGGUUCCAACAGCUUUGGCCGACCGCAGCUGGUUGGGUCGUUCCCUGGAAACCAGUACACGCAGUUUGGGCCCAAUGCCGCAGCCCCACGGCCUGGCCAGCCCAUGGACAACCAUCGAAACGCUCUGCUGGAGGGCGGCAGCGUUGGAUUUGCGCCUCCACCGACGACAUCAUCACGGCGGUCAGACAUGAGCUCCGAUCACAAAACUAAGCUUCUGUCUCUGUUUGGUAUGCCAAAGCUAUCGCCGACGGCGUCUGUGAGCUCUCGGGGCAACUUCGAUCCGCGGUCCAGAGAGGCUGGACCAGGCAGCGCGGGAGGGGGGGUAGGAGGGCCGCUGCCGGUCAACGUAGCGGCCAAUGUAGCAGCAAGUGCAGCUUCGGAAUCGUCGAGACGGGGCAGCGCUGCCCAGACGCCCAUCUCUUCGGCAGACCGGCACUUUCUGUUGGAUUAUCUCGCUUCGGCAACGAAGCUCUAG